AUGUAUAACACCCACGACUACAGAACAGGUAUCCAUGCUAUCAAUGUGGUUUUCUGCAUGAAACAUACAACUGUCCCUGCUUAUGUUGGCAAGUAUUCCACCCCACGUAAACAAGAUGGAGGGAAGACAGAAGUCGGUCCAGUCCAUCCACCAUCCAACAGGAAACAGAGUCCAGAUUCCACUAUCCGGACAACCCCUAGAAAGGAUGAGGACUUACUUCCUGGAAACUCCGACACAUCAGGACAGGGACAGACCAAGGGGACAAAACUCUGUUUAUCCCGGGGACAGAAACGACACAGGUACACUGAGUCAAUUUCUCCAGACAAGAAACGACAAAAACAUACAAAGAAAAGAACCGUUCCUCCAGAAAAAAACAAAAAGCAAAUUCUUGUUCCAGAAACAUGUGACCUCUACAACCAAUCAAAUGUCAGUUCUGGAAAUGAAAGGAUUUCAUUGGACGAUAGUUUACAAAGCCCUGUUGUGUACAGAAACAAGGGUCAUAGACAGCAGAGUGAAAUGGAUGACGUUUGUGCCAGAGAUAUUCAGAUAAUUCCAGAAACUGUUCACUUUUACGAUGCAUACCCAUCAUCAGAGGAGGAAGAAGUAGAUGAAGUUUGUACUCAGUCGACGAUAAAACGUGCUCCAAGCCAGAACUACAGUCUGCGGAGUAUUUUGUGUAGUCCUCCGUCAUCAGACGGUGAAGAUUGUGUCACCGAUAUGACGAAUGUUGUUAAUCAUCGAACUAUGCAACUCAGUGGACAGAGUGUUGUUACGGAGGACGAGACACAAUGUGAUAAAAAUGUAAAAAAGACGGAGCCUGCUGGUAUAUGUCUUAAUGUUAGAACGAAUAAUGGGGCUCAAGUUUCCGGUAGAUGUUUAAAUCAAAAUAGCAGUUUAACCUCCAAAAUAUCACAAAGGGAACAAGUCAAUGCUGGUGAUAUACAGGACAUCUGUGAUAGAUUUCAGAAACAUGAUGAUCCGUCUAAACAAAAUGAUACAUUGAGUGUUAAACCAUUUAAAAAAGAAAGCUCACAGCAGACUCGAGGGAAGCAUGGAACUUGUACUUCAUUUGAUGAGGAAAGAAAAACUACAAGAACCUCACAGACCACAAAUCAGCAGACACAUUCACAAACAUUCCAUGGAUCCUUGUCGACUUUGUCUCCUGUCACCAAGAUUGGAGGUGAUGGCAGGAUUGAGAUUGGUUCCCCCUCGCUUCUCCAGGUGUCAAGGACGGAGGUAGAGCCAAAAUCUCCUUCGUUACUGAAGGGGUCAAGUCUGGUGGACGAUGAUAUUACAAUUCUUGACAGUCCAGAGUCAAGUUUGCAUGAAAAAAAUUACAAGAAAGUAGACGAAAUAUCUAACAAAUCUCAAGAUAAGUUAUCUGGCAGGAGUUUCAAGAAGAAUCUUCACGAAGUAGAUAAGGAUGAAUCUCCCUGUGUUUUAAGAUCUGAGACUAAAAUAAACGUAAGAGGAUCAAACAUGUCGGACAGUACAUCACAAAACAGUAAAUCCCCUAAAAAGAGAACUCUCAAGUUAAGUAGAGGGAGUAAAGUUGAACUUGUCAACAGCAAUGACGAUGCGUUAUCAUCACGGCAACUACGCCAGACAACUCUGAGUCAAGUUUUCAACAACAGCCCUCCAAAGAGAAAAAAGAAAAAAACUGACUCACAGGAGGAGGAGGAUCUACAGAAAGCCAUACAACUGUCCCUGAGAGAUGCAGAGCUUCAGA